ACCCCCAUCUGUCCAUCUCUAUUCCCAUUUCUGCAAUCAGCUAUGGCAAAUGCCACUGCCAACAUGCCAAAAGACGUCGAAGUCAUUCCUACCAAGAAAGGGCGGACUAGAAAACCAUUGAAACCAAGAAAACCGUCCGAAAAUGAGGGUAACAUCUUGGCAGGAAACCCUUCUCCUUCCCCUCAGGCAUUUGCAGACGCCGGAAAGGAAAAUCAAGACGGCCUUCGGUUGCUUCUUUCACCGAAGAAAACCAAACCUGCUUCAAAGACAAAGAAUCCCAAGCAAACAUUCAACGAUGAGCUACAAGAAAUGCAAGAAAAGCUGCAAAAGAUGCGGCUCGAGAAGGAGAAAACAGAAGAGCUGUUGAAGGAGCGAGAUGAGAUGUUGAAAAGAAAAGAGGAAGAACUUGAAAACCGGGGCAAAGAACAGGAGAAGCUUCAGCUGGAGCUGAAGAAGUUGCAGAAAUUGAAGGAAUUCAAACCCACCAUGAGCUUUCCUCUUGUUAAGUCUCUGAGAGAGAAGGAAGAAGAAAGGAAAGACAAGAAGAAGAAGAAGGCAUGCCCGGAAAAUAAGAAGCCAUCUCCGGCAUAUAUUCUAUGGUGCAAAGAUCAAUGGAAUGAGGUGAAGAAAGAGAAACCUGAUGCUGAUUUCAAGGAAAUCUCAAACAUCUUGGGUGGGAAGUGGAAGAACUUGAGUGCAGAAGAGAAGAAACCCUACGAAGAGAAGUACCAGGCAGAUAAAGAAUCAUACUUACAGGUCGUAGGGAAGGAGAAACGUGAGAAGGAAGCAUUGAAUCUUCUCGAAGAAGAGCAAAAACAGAAGAUGGCCAUGGAAUUAUUAGAACAGUACCUUCAGUUCAAACAGGAAGCGGAUAAAGAGAACAAGAAGACGAGGAAAGAACGAGAUCCUUUGAAACCUAAGCAACCUCUAACGGCUUUCUUCCUGUACUCUAAUGAACGUCGUGUGGCUCUGCUUACAGAGAAUAAGAAUGUUUUGGAGGUUUCUAAGCUAUUAGGGGAGGAAUGGAAGAACCUAUCAGAAGAAAAACGGGCACCUUAUGAAGAGAUUGCCAAGAAGCAGAGGGAAGAUUACCUGCAACAAAUGGAGCUUUACAAACAGAAGAAGAAUGAGGAAACGGCAGCUCUUCAAAAGGAAGAUGAGGAACAGAGAAAGGUUCAAAAACAGGAAGCCCUGCAACUGCUCAAGAAGAAGGAAAAAACAGAGAACAUUGUCAAGAAAACAAAGGAGAAGAGAAAGAAGCAGAAGGAAAUGCGGAAAGUCGAUCCUAAUAAACCAAAGAAGCCUGCCACUUCUUUCCUUCUCUUCAGCAAGGAAACAAGGAAGGAAUUGUUGGAGGAAAGACCAGGCAUCAAUAACUCUACUCUCAGUGCUCUGAUUUCAGUGAAGUGGAAGGAAUUAAACCAAGCAGAGAAACAGAUAUGGAAUGAUAAGGCAUCAAAAGCAAUGGUGGCAUACAAAAAGGAACUAGAGGAAUACAACAACAAAACAGCAGUAGCUGUAGAUUGUAGCGACCCACACAGCUAAUUGUUUAGUUUGUAAGCAUGUUCAAGUGGUUCUGUUGAACAUGAAGAGUAUUUUGUAAUGUCCUGCGAGGAACGAUUUUCUUGCAAUUCUAUCUUCAUGAUUUCAUUAAAAAAAAAAAAAUCCAAAAAAUUUAUUGGUGUUCCAUUUACA